GACCCCACGCCUUCCUCUACGAUACCCCACCGCCGACCGGACCGGACCUUCUGCUAGUGGUCCCUGGGCAGCUCCGCGAUAUCAGUUGCCCUACCUCCUCCCGUCCAUCCCGGUUUCUGAUCCACUCGUUUCGCGCAAACGUUCACUCCUUCACCCCGUUUGCCAAGCGCGCAAUCAUGGCUGCGAGUACACAGGUCCUUAAGAGGCCCAUUUACUUUGGCUCUUUCCUGGUCACGUCUCAGGUACCGAUCGGAUGUUAUCCUAUGGAGGGAGCGAAUCCGGAGCUGACCACGAUGCAUGGGUAGGUCUUUUAUAGCACCGCACACUCUUUCGCCCUCGUUAAUCUCAAACCCCUACUGCCCGGCCACGUCCUUGUCUGCCCGAAUAGAGUUGUUCCGAGACUUAAAGAUCUCUCGACGGAUGAGGUAUUCUCCUAGCGGAACUUGGUCGGCUAGUGAAUUGCUAAUAGUGGUGAUUUGGGGCGGGAGGGCCGGCUAGGUUACAGACCUCUUCCUAACCGUCCAAAGGGUUAGUAAGGUGAUAGAAAACAUUUACAAAGCUGAUUCCCUGAACAUUGCGAUUCAAGAUGGUGUUGCGGCUGGCCAAUCGUAAGUCGCCUACCUUUCUCUUCCCUGUCACCCUAUUGAGCAUUUAAUCAGGGUCCCACACGUUCACACCCACAUAAUCCCCCGACACUCCCAAGACCUACCGCAAGACCAAAUAUACGCCAUGCUCGAAUCCGAAGACGGUGACUUGGGACGUAAUUACCUGGAAGCGCAGCAUCCAGCGGUCAUGUUGAACGGUGCAAGGCCGAAGUUUCCCACAGUGCAUCCGGACGCUGAGAGGAAGCCCAGGUCUGAAGAGACCAUGGCUGAGGAGGCGAAGUGGUUGGCUGGGUGUAUGGGGGAAGGGGAGGAGGGGAAGGGUAGAUUGUAGAGUCAAGUUGAAUUGGAGUUGAUGGGGAUAGACGGGCUGAAUUUCCGCU